AUGGGCGAGGCAGAGGCGCCGCAUCACAGUGCCGCUGACGCCGGCGCCAACUAUCCCAAAUGGGGGCACAACCGCCGGCCAGAAUCCAAAAUUAGCUCCUUUGUUGGCGCGCCAUUCGUCGACAGUUCAGAUCUUCCCCUCCCCGCGCUUCGAGAUGCGGUCUUCAUGCAUCUCACUAGCUCAACCGCCGCCAUGGAGGAAAAAAUAGAAGCAUCAGAAGAUAGUGCCUUACUGUUUUUGGUUUUAAAGGUCUUCAUCGCCAUUGAUAAAGAGUAUCAUGUUCGCGACAGUCUCGCUCAAUUGUCGCGCUGA